CUGUUCUAAACUUAAAACCAGAAAAUGACAUAAUGGUUUUAUGUUUAUCAUGUGGCGAAAUUCAAAAAAACAUACUCGAAAAAAGUUGUUCGCAACUUGGAAUUGAGAGUACUCAUGUUAAUAUAGAAAAUGACCUAUCACUUCAAUAUUAUUUCUUAAACAGUUUUGAUUUUGAUUCUGUAUCAAAAAUUAUCAAAGAUUAUGUUUUCAAAAACGGUGUCGACGUUGUGAGUUGA